UCAAUAAAAUUUUUACAAAUUCAUCCAUUUGCUUCACUCUUACUGUGAUAGCAUUUUAUGUCAGUGAGUUUUCCUUUGUCAGCGUUCCUCUCCCAUACCAUGUGUGCCAUCCCUUAAGCAUUUCUGGCAGGAGUAAGAACAUGUGAUUAUAAGAAAGAAACUUGUGAUUUAGAGCUUUUGCCUACGAGAGGUUAUAGGAAUUUGUUAUUUUUAUGGGGAGACAGUUGUGUCAUGGACCUUUGAAGCAUAUCUUGUACUUACCUAGUGGAUCAUUGUGGGAGGAAGUGAGUGUUGGAAAAGCUGAGCCAUUGACUAUCCAACAUAGCAGUUCCUGCACUCAAAUAUGGUACUGUAAUUUUUCUUUCCUUUUUUCCUCUUCCUAAAUUUGUGCUUUUGUUUUCAUUAUUCCACACUUUUAACAUCUCUUGAUUCUAUAGGGAAUUGAGGAGGGGAAGGAUUUUUCCCUCCUUUUACCCCCCUGUAUUCCUUCCUCUCUCAUCUGUGGGCUUCAUUGUCUACUGUUUUCUGCUUGUUAGACAAUCUGUUAAAGUGGUAUCAGCCUACUUCAUGGACUGUGAAGCUAAAUAUCUAAAUUGCAUUAUUGUAUUUUGCUGGCAAUUGUUUAAAAUACAGGACAGGUCUCUUGUUGUCAUUUAAAUUCUGGACAGCAGUGUUGGGUAACAGGAAAAAAAGACAGGAAGGAGAACAUUGCACCAACAUCAACAAGCUACAGAUUAUGGGAAGGAAUGUGGAAACUAUAAACUUCUGUUACUCAGGGUUACAUUACUCUUUUGCUAUUCUGCCCUGCCAUCAUGGUUCUGAUACUGAGUUCUGAUAACUUGUAUGUCUGAAAUUGCCUGUGCUUGAGUAGAGCUGAAGUAGACACGUUAUCAACUCAAAAUGGAUGAGUCUGGGUAAGCUGGUGGUUCGUGAGCUCAGGGGACACACUUCCACCCAGCCUUCUGCCUUUUCCAGAGGAAGAUAUGUUGGCAGAAUGGAAAUAUUGUUCCUGUGUGCCAUUAAUCUGGCACAGAAUAGGGAAUUGUUUCUUUUACCAGUCUGGGUGAGGGCAUAGGGCUGGAAAUACCUCUUCUCCUACCAUUUUAUUCUGUGCAGUUUGCCCUGCUUGUAUGGCUCAUGAGGAGAAAGUCCCCAGACUGGACCAUUCUGCAGUAAAUAAUUCUGUGACAAAAGAAAAAGAAGACGACUGAAACUGUAGCUGUAUUUCUAUAAUGUUCUUAGACCCACAAGCCAGACUGAAGCACAUUGACUGAUGUGAGGGUACUGUAUAAAAAUGAACAGAAGUGACACUGUUUUGAUUUCCAUAGAAACAAUCCCCUUUGGGAGCUGACAGGAAGGUACAAAGUGCAGUUCUGGUACAUAGAAAUUGCUCCCAAGCUUUCUCCUCCUUGCAUAUGUGCCUUACACUGGGUUGGUUUUUCUGCCUGUCUUUCAUUGGGUGUUUUUAACUCACAGUUCCCCAACUGCUCGAGUAUAUUUGGAUCACAUUUUCUGGAGCCCAGGAUCCAGACUGUGUGUGUGCCUGAGUUACUGGGGAGAGGAUCUUAGUGAGGAGUCUCACACCCAGCCUGCAUGCCAUAUCCCUCUAUAUGCCUUUAACUCAGCCAUAGGUUAAAUAGGUUCUUCCUCUCCUCUUGCAGAACAGGAGCCCUUUGCUAACCCCUUCCUCUGGCCUUGAGUAACUUCUUCCUGACAUAUUGUGAGUAAGUUUUUAGGUAGUCCCUUGUUCCUUUCAGCCUCACUUAAAUGAGCCUCAGUGACCAUUCAGUAAUCUUGCCAUCCUGCCUCACCCUCAGAACAGGACCCACGGCUGCUUCUCCCAGACACCCCUCUUAACAAGGGUGUUAAAAAAAAAUAUGUGUUUGGGGCAGUGCAUGGGGAGAGAGGGGAAGGUGGGGAUGGUGGGGAUCCGCCACAGAGGUGAUGGAUGCUGAGGCAGCAGCAUCCAGAGGAUGGCCUCACGCUCAACAUCUUGCAGUGCUUUACAAAAAUAUUAAAUGUCUGUCUGUCUGUCUCUCCCCACCCUCCUCACCCCCUCUGUCACUCUCACUGAAAAUGGAGUACUCAAAUAUCAAAUUUAUGUGAAACAUGAGUAGGAUCUGUGAGUUUGGGGUGCUUUUAUCUAACAAUGUUUGUGUUUACCUCUGGGUGAGUGAUUCUGGAAUUAGUAGAAUAUGAGCUCAAGUACCUCAUGUUAACAUUAGAGUAGGACUCUCUUGAUUGUAUUUAUCUGCCACUUUAAUGUUAAUCCAAAGCCAGAUAUCAUUUAUUUAUUAUCUAAUAAGGAUACUUUGCAGUUGUACAGUCUUCCUGAAGCUACUUGUGUUUUAGUGUGUCAUUUAUUCCCUCAUGAAUGGAGUUAUAGCAUGUCACACCAUCCCUGAGAUAAAUAUGCAGUGUUACUUCAGCUACAGAUAAGCCUACAGUUAUUGGCACACCACAUUUCCCAGAAGAAUAGUGAAUAUUAGCAAAAAACUGCUUUCAGAAUUAUCAGUGUGUGCAAGCUUUUUAUUGGAAAAUACUGUGCUUAUCAAUGCUAGGUAAGUACAGUGCUGGAAGAAGUCUAAUUGCUUUUGAUCCAUGCUUUUCAGAAUACAAGCUAGUUUUAAAGCAGAAGAGAGUUACAGAGCCAUGUCAUGUAGGUAAGAAAGAGGAAAGUCAACAUGCUAAUUACCAAAUCUGAUUGUGAUUUUGAAACCUUGGGGUCAGCUUCCAUUUCUGUUGUAUCAGUCCAAAACUUCAAUUUCCAUUCUUAGUAUCUACUAGAAUUAGUAACUAAUUGGAUUACAUUCCUCUAGACUGAAGUCUGCAGAGGCAGAUGUUCUCUUGUACUUUACUUCAUAAAAGUGGCCCUAAAUGUCUGUUAAGGAUUUUUUACUGGAUGUGAUGAAAUAGCUGGUUAAGGAACUUCCAUCCUGGCUCACUUAGGUAUAUGAGAGACGUGUGUAGUAUGAGGUUUUUCUUGACAUCACUGGAAAGUAAAUUCACUGUAAGAAACCUAGUUAGAUCUAUUUCCUGACAUGCAGUCCAUCUGGCCAGAUGGUUAUCCCCAGCAGUGGCUAGCAUCAUGUACUUCAAAAAGAGGCAAGAAAUCUCGUGCUGGAAGAUGGAGCAAACCUGUGAUGAUAUAGAUGAAAUGUUCAGCAAUUUACUUGGGGAGAUGGACAUGCUGACUCAGAGUUUAGGAGUGGAGACUGUACCACCUCCAUGUCCCAAAGUGUCCGACAAUGAAUUUAGCUUUACAGUUGGUUUUAAAGAUUUAAAUGAAUCACUAAAUGCCCUAGAGGACAAAGACCUGGAUGCUUUAAUGGCUGAUCUUGUAGCAGACCUUAAUGAUGUUGAACAGAAAACUUUACAAGCCCAGAAAAUGUCUUCUUGCAACCAGCAAAGUACAGUCACUCAGCCUUCAACAGGCUUGAAUAACAUUUAUUCUAAAGUAAGUCCCUAUGUUACCAUUACUGGACAGCCUGGGGAUGAUUUGCCCCCUCCACCUCCACCUCCAGACCCUGAACCAGAACUUCCACCACCACCUUCUCCUGAGCCACUUACUCAGGAAGAACUAGAGGCAAAGGCUAAAGCUGACAAGAUUAAACUGGCAUUGGAGAAAUUGAAGGAAGCCAAAGUUAAAAAGCUUGUUAUCAAGGUGCACAUGAAUGAUAACAGCACAAAGUCCCUAAUGGUGGAUGAGCGUCAGGUGGCACGGGAUGUUUUGGACAAUCUCUUUGAGAAAACCCAUUGUGACUGCAAUGUCGACUGGUGUUUGUAUGAGAUGUACCCAGAGCUGCAGAUUGAAAGGUUUUUUGAAGACCAUGAAAAUGUUGUUGAAGUGUUAUCAGACUGGACUCGAGACACUGAGAAUAAGAUACUGUUUUUGGAAAAAAGUCAAAAAUAUGCUUUGUUUAAAAAUCCCCAGAAUUUCUACCUGGCGAACAAAGGGAAGAAAGAAAGCAAAGAAAUGAAUGAUAAAAACAAAGAGGCUUUGCUGGAGGAAAGCUUCUGUGGGACAUCUGUCAUUGUGCCAGAGCUUGAAGGGGCCCUUUAUUUAAAAGAAGAUGGAAAAAAGUCCUGGAAGAGACGUUAUUUUCUUCUACGAGCUUCUGGAAUUUAUUAUGUACCCAGAGGAAAAACCAAGACAUCACGGGAUCUGGCAUGCUUUCUUCAGUUUGAGAAUGUGAACGUGUAUUAUGGUUAUCAACACAAAGUGAAAUAUAAGGCACCUACAGAUCACUGCUUUGUCUUAAAGCACCCCCAGAUUCAAAAGGAGUCGCAAUAUAUCAAGUACUUGUGCUGUGAUGAUAAAGCAACCCUGCAUCAGUGGGUAACAGGAAUAAGAAUUGCCAAGUAUGGCAAGACACUCUAUGACAAUUACAAAUGUGCAGUGAAGAAAGCUGGCUUGUCCUCUUGGUGGGCAAAUCAAAAAGUGGUGGAGCCAGCUGCCCCUGCAGGAUCCUCAUCAGCAGGUGCUGUUCAGUCAAAUGGACAGAUUCCUCAAAGUGAUCAUUGUUCCAGUGCAGAAUUUCCAGACACUCAGAAGAAAGUGGAUACAUCUGAGGCACAAGCUGAAACAAAUAACGCCAGUGCACCUGGCCUGGCACAACCAUUGCUGAGGCCACAGAAAGUCCAGAGUAAGAGGACGUCACUGCAGCCUCCUCCUCCACCUGAAAGGCGUUCAUCUGCUAUUUCUGCUUCACCAGUUCUACCCUCCAAAGUGAAACGAGACAGUGGCAUUUUCCUAACAGAUCCAGAGAGCUUUCCAGCACCACCACCUACAUUGAAGAUUGAUUUUCCUCCACCACCACCACCAUCCGAUUUCUGUGAGCCACCUCCUGAUUUUGUGCCUCCACCACCACCAGUCUCCAGCAGCAGUAAUGGAGAUGUUCCAUUCCCCCCUCCACCUCCACCUGUCUCCAAUCAGCCACCACCACUUCCAAUGAAGAAACCUGUACCACUUCCUCCAAAAAGGCUGGAAAACACAGGACAAGGUGGAGAGCCACAGUCAACAGGGCCACCUCUGAUUGCAGGGGCAGGCAAGCAAGCAGAUUUCAUGUCUGACCUAAUGAAAGCUCUUGAGAAGAAAAGGGGGAACAGCUCCUGAAUUCUGGGUGUGUAGAGUAGACUUUAAGACAUAGCUAGUUUUGUGAGGCAUUGCAGAAGGUCAUGUUGGAUGAAGCUUCUCCAGGAGGAAUUCUCCUUCAGAGUUCCUCUUGGUGGGUCUCAAAAGGUGGGGCACCCUUUGUCCACCACUUUGUCCCUGUACCCUGCUCCUUUCCCCGUGCACUUCACCAUCCCCUGCUCUUAACUCCCAUUCCAGCACCAGACCAAGGUAAGAAUUAGCUGGAGAGUCUUGCUUCCCUCCACAAGAACAGCCAGGGAUGGUGGAGCAGCACUCUGGAGCCAGCCAUUUCAGAAAGUGCAAUGCAUCUACUCUGGCUGCCUUUUUAGUGGUAUUGGAGUUAAAGGAAAAAUACGAUGUCCUCAUGCAAAUUUUGAGAAGUGGGAAGGAAGAUCCCUUUUCACAGAAAUGCCUUUAAAAGUUCUUUAUCAGAAAACUUCCAACUGUGGGGGCUUUUCUUCCAAUACAAAUAUGCUUUUAAAUUUUUUUGAAACAGUCUGUCUUAAAAAUUAAAACCUCAGCUAGAUAAUUGUGAGACGCAAGUAGGGCCAGGACCAUUUCCAGACAGUGUCACCCCAAAUGUCACCCCACUCCUGUUUCUAUAUGCAACUGAGUCAUAUCUGUCACCAUUCACAACUGCUGCUUUGAAAUCUCAUUUAUUUGGUUACCUUAGAUAAAGAAAAAAAAUUUAUUUUGAAAUCAUGUAUGCUUCUAUGGUAAGCAGGAAAUUUUUUUUCUCUUGGUUAACAUUUGUCUUUAAACUCUACCUAGAAAUGAUUUGUCCUGGGAAAGACUUUGUAAUUAUUUUGUACCUGAUAGAAAUGUCUCCUCCUACAUUUUUUUCAUUUGUUCUCCCCAUUUAAUUCUCCACUGCUCAUUUAAGCAGCAUUCAUUGUUAGCUCUUAAAUAAAAAUAGCUUCUAUUUUAUUUCUGUACAAAGUGUCACAGUUAAUUAACAGCCAUUUUACUGGCAAUUGGAACUUCAAAUAUUUUAAAGAAUUUUUGCCUAUGCCUUCUGAACUUUGUUUUUAUUUAUUCUGGUCUUUGCCUCUUUUUAUGCACAUUUGACCUUGUAAGAUACCAUCAGCAGUAUAUCUCUGUAUUUUGAAUUAUAAAAAAGCAUAAAAAGCGUAGUGUGUGGUCGAAAUAAAUAAAUGUAUGAAAGCAGCUCACAGAGCAGGGGGUGAGCCUGCUGUGUUUGACAGAGUGGAUUCCUAGAUCCAGAAGUGGUGGUGGAGGCAAGAGAAUGACAAGCUGGUGGCAGUGCCACGGUCUUGGUUUUGGGUGGUCUUAUUUGUGGCUUAAGGUUGGUUUGUCAAUACUUACAUACCUGCAUUACAGAAUGCUUAGCAGAAAUAAGAAAGCUGUAACCAUGUGUUCAUAAAAAACCUUUCCCUUUGAAAUUACUACUUUUAAACAAUUUUCUUUUUUUUUUUUUAUUAAAAGCUGAAAACAUUGUUUAAAACCACAUGCAUUUCUUCCUGAAAUGAUUUUGCUUCAAACACUAUGUUAAGCUGACAGAGAGAGUCCAUCCAGCUCUUACUGGUUUUUGAGCUCCCUUGCUUUCAGCUGAACUGAGCAAAAAGCUCUCACCAGAGAACUGUGCCCACCAUUAACAAAAGUGUCACCUGGAAGUCUUGGAUUGACAUGCUGGGACAUUCACAAAGUAUCUAAGCACCUUCAAACUGCCAAACUGAGAAAUGCCCUCGAGACCAGUGCAAGGCUCAUCCAAGCCUCAGUUCAAAGUGGAGGGGAAAAACACCAAUGGCCUAAAAGUAAGAGGGUUAAAACCAGGAGUUUAAAAAAAAUUAAAAAUGAGGAAAGGAUUACUGUUUCCCAAUCCCUUUCCAUAUAUAACUGAAGGAAGCAUUAUGCAGAAUCAUUGAAGAGCUAGGUAUCAUUUUCUGACUAGGUAUUAGGAGUGCACAUAUUUGACAUACUUAGGUGACAACAGCUGUCUGUGAGUCAAUUAUUUUUAAAUCAAAUUACUUUUAUGAAAUAUACACCCAGCAUCAAAAUAAAGCAGAACAUGUCCUUGGAAAAAUGUUGCACAGUAAAGUCACAAACCACUGAGACUUUGACAAUGGCUUUUCUAGCAUUCACUUUUCUCCCCAGAAUGUUCAGCCUCCCACCCUAUUUCCUCCCUUCUCUUUUGUUACAACACAAAAAAAUCAAUUUUAAUACAUUUUACGUCUGCAGUCGAUCAUAAUUCAUGCACUUAAUCUUGCACAAAAGAAGCUGAACUUUGUUCAAAACAAAAAAAUCAAAGCCUACAGAAAACUCCAAAAAUCAAGUAAAAUGCUGUGAUGAUUAGACCUCUAUCAACUAUUUUGUGUAGGUACAUGGUUACAUGGAAUUUUUUAAAUGUAAGAUUUAAACUCCAUUCAAAGAACAAAGCUGCCUCUUAUUGAUGCACAAUUAUCUGGCUUGAUCUGGCACCAAAAUAUGCUGCAAAACACAAAAAGUUGUUCCAAUGCUGUAAUUCAAAGCAUUUGUAAAAAGAAAUUAAUCCUUCUACUUCUACCUAACUUAUUGCCUUCUAAACGGUCUGCACAUCACUAGACCUUACAAUAUUUUAGCCUGAAAAUAUUUGAAAUUGCAGAGUGUCCUUUUUAACCUUCCUCCAUACCUGAAAUGGAAGCAGUCUCAGCUGAGAUGCUCCCAACACAGUCCUUUUCCAGGGCCAAACAGCGAAUUUUUCUUGAGACUUCAUAUCUAUG